AUGGCUCCAAAAGGUAAUAAUAUGAUUCCGAAUGGCCAUUUCCACAAGGAUUGGCAAAGAUUCGUGAAGACCUGGUUCAACCAACCUGCACGCAAAAUCCGCAGGAGGCAGAACCGAAUCAAGAAAGCCCGUGCUGUCGCCCCCAGACCAGCUGCCGGCCCUCUGCGACCCGUCGUGCGCUGUCCCACAGUCAGGUACCACACCAAAAUACGCGCCGGGCGCGGAUUCACCCUGCAAGAAUUAAAAGCCGCGGGACUUAACCCGAGAUUCGCCAGGACCGUCGGCGUCGCCGUCGACCACAGGAGGAGGAACAAGUCCGUAGAAUCCAUUCAACUAAACGCUCAACGUUUGAAAGAAUACAAAUCCAAGUUGAUCCUGUUCCCCAUCCACAACAAGAAGAAGCUGCGAGCUGGCGAAGCCACCGAAGAAGAACGUAAAGUAGCCACCCAAUUGCUAGGAGAGGUGUUGCCCAUUAGACAGCCUAGCAUCAGGACGAAGGCUAGGGUGCCCACCGAAGACGAGAAGAAAUUCGAGGCUUACGUGACAUUGAGGAAGGCUCGUACCGAUGCCAGAUUGGUUGGUAUCCGUGCUAAGAGAAUGAAGGAAGCCGCCGAGAACGCUGAGGAUCUCACCAAAGGGGGCGCUAAAGAGAAGAAAUCCAAGAAAUAA